GACGUCUUCUCUGUCCACAUAGCGCAGCGCCUCCUCUUCAAGCUACCAUGAGAGCUCUCUCCGCAUCUUCAAUGCUAAUUUGAUUCACUCUAACGAUAUAGCUCCUAUUACCAACUAACAGUUUAUUAAUCCUUCACAUAUUUGCAACAUGACGACCCUCGGCCAGACCAUCUACGUCUACAACUCGCAACUCGGCAAAUUCACCCAUUACCAUGCAGCAAACGAGGAGAGUAGACAUCAAAGCGCGAUCGGACCCGCGCUCCCUGCCCUCGGCCAUGCGACAUCAGGCGCUGCGGGAACCGCCAUAUCGAAACUCGUAACAUAUCCGCUCGAUCUUAUAAUCACGCGUCUUCAAGUCCAGAAGCAGCUUCAACCCAGUGAUACGCAUACACACUACGAUGGUUUCCUCGAUGCGAUCGAGAAGAUAUACGAGAGGGAAGGAGGCCUGAAAGCGUUCUACAGCGGAGCGCUGCACGAGACGGCCAAGGGGGUCGUGGACAGCUUCUUGUUUUUCCUUGCAUACUCGUACAUGAGGCAGAACAGGCUCAACGCACAGGGCGGGCGAAAGAACUUGGGAGCCUUUGAAGAGAUCGGGGUUGGUAUGGUGGCAGGCGCGUUUUCAAAGUUUUUCACGACGCCUAUACAACAGAUCGUCACGAGGAAGCAGACAGCGGCCAUGACUAAGAAUGAAUCAGCAAACGAUAUCCCACCACUGUCUAGCACGAAGGACAUUGCGCGCGGGAUCUACCGAGAGAAGGGCCUGGAAGGGUUUUGGUCAGGGUACUCGGCCAGCCUCAUCCUGACGCUCAACCCCUCGAUCACCAUGUUGCUACACAAGACUCUUCUGAGACUCUUCGUUCCUCACGCAAAGCAGGAUAACCCUGGUGCGCGUAUCACAUUCCUUGUAGCCGCAAUCAGCAAGGCAAUGGCAUCGACACUCACGUAUCCGUUCUCCCUGGCAAAGACACGAGCACAGGUGUCUUCACAGAAGCCUUCGGCAACUACUGGGGAGACAUCUGAGAUGGAUAAGUCAGGGAAGUCAUUGGGAUCAAGAACUGCUCGAGUACGACAACGCACCGUCUUCAGCACAAUCUUCCGCAUUGCACAGACUGAAGGCCUGUGGGGAUUAUAUCAGGGUCUUGGACCAGAAGUCCUGAAGGGGUUUUUCUCCCACGGCAUCACAAUGCUGAUGAAGGAUCGAAUCCAUGCGGUCAUCAUCAACCUGUAUUAUGUCGUCCUCCAGUCGCUGGAGAAGGCUCCUCGACCAGAGGAGAUUGCAAAGACUGCUUCAGAAAAGGUCCAGGACGUUUACGAGCAAGGAAAAGAGCAGGCAGGAGAGGCGUAUGCAAAGAGCGCUGAAGUAGUAGAGCAGGCGGUGGAGAAGGCCAAAGAUGUUGUAGCGGAAGGCUCGCACCAGGCACAGGGACUGGUAGAGACAGGCAAGGAGCAGGCUGGCGAAGUAUACGCAGAGGGCAGCCAGGCAGCAGAAAACGCCUCGUCGACUGUGCAAGAUGCUGCAGCGAGUGGGUCGCAACAGGCCAGCGAUCUGGUGGAGAGUGGGAAAGAGGUAGCGAGCAAGGCAGUAGAGCAGGCGAAAGAUGCCCUAUUAAAGGUUGACAUAAAGAACAUCAACGGGCCUGUCACGGGUGGUAAAAACUAAUGGGCUACGAAUCAGUGUAAUAACGUUCAUGGUCCAGAUCGUACAGAUGGUCGGGUUUUUUGUUUAAAAAGCAUAUAUCUGGGGAGGGGCGCAAAGGGUAUUGGGCUGCAUAGGUGGAUCGUUUUAGUACUGUGUAAUAUUGUGCAAUUUCAAGCGCUGU